AUGGCAAGGGGUAAAACGGUUCCCCUUGCCAUGACCAAUUUUCCGGCAAGCGUCUGCGUUGCGCCCGGUAAUCAAGAGAGACUGGUACUUUCAAAGCUGCCUUCCCUCUCUGCCAGUUUCCCUGCAACAUCGACUCUCCUCGUGCGCCUGUUCAAUCUGCUGGAGGGCUCCGAUUACUCCACGACCGCUGUCGCUGCUGUACAACGGCUCUUGCGCCUCCCCCAAUCAGUUUUAGUUCUGAGGAAGGAAAAUCCCAGCUAUUGCACCAUCUACGUUUCUCGAUCGACUACUUGCGUCGUGCUCGUCUGCUCGACGAGCAAGAUCAUGUUACCCAUCAUCAACAUGCCCGAAAACGUCUUCAAACUAAAGCGCCGCUCUCGAAUCUGGCUGUGUCCAACUGCAGCUUUCACGUCCAUUUCUCUCCAUGCGGCCAACCCAUUUCGAACAAAUGCAGAUCGCUUGAAAGAGCCUAAAGGAUCUCUAUACCCGAAAACUCUAGAUGGCUUAGGACUCGGAGGGGAGGAGCAGCUCGCUCCCGCACUAACUGUCUUGGAAUUUCGUCCCCCGCAUCUUGAGGUCUUAGUGCUCAAUGAUUUGGGUCCCGAUGCUGAUAUCGCAGGACCUCCGCAUUCCUACGCUACCAUCUCUAUCAAAGACCCAAUGAAGACCCUUUUCAAGGCGCUCGUCUCUGCUGUCACCGCUCGCAGCAACGUUCCUUUCGGUUCACACUUUCCCGUAUCGAAACUCGUCAACAAGCACUUCAUACUCGCCACGCGAAUUCAAGUUGCAGCUGCAAAGAUUUGCCCCUCGAUUCAGCGGAUACCAGCAACACGACUCGCAGGAGCUGGUUGCGGAGGCGACGAUCUCGAACUCGCCAAAUUAGCUCAAACGUCUUGGGACGGAUAUAUGAAGCGCAAUGAUAGUGUUAUCGUCGUUCUCUUUCAAGGCCAAUACCAAAGCACUCUUGUGUACCCUGGAUGCGAGAAGGUUUCUAUCACGUUCGAUCCAUUCAUGUAUCUCAACACUCCUCCCAUCGACUCCAUGACAGAGAUCAAAGAGGAUGGGGAUGUUAGCCAGGUUCGGUUGAAGAGGGUAGGUCGUGAGGACUGGACGAAGGCUUCACGUCGUUCACUGGCCCACCAUACUACCCGUACACCCUGGUUCACUGUCCUCGUGCAGCUGGUGGAGGUUAUCAUCGCCCUAUUGUGGGCAUGGAGAAAUUUUACCUGA